CUUCUGUGAAUAGUAAAACAGAGACGUCAGUGCUUCUUUCAGAGGACGGCAUAUGAAGAUCGCACAUGAGAACGUGCUACAGCGGAGAGAGAAGCAGCGAUAUGGUGAGGGCAACGGGCAUCAGUGGCUUGGGGAAUCCACACCAAGCCACCAUUACACAAAGAAUGACUCUGUGCAACAACAGCAACCUUACAUCAGUACCUGUGGGACUACCAGGCACGACUGAGGAGCUUCACCUUAAUCACAAUCUUAUCCAGACACUACAGGACAACUCUCUUCAGUAUCCCUCACUCACUAGCCUCAGUUUAGCCUGCAACCACCUGGAGAAAUUGCAUUCAAACACUUUUCAACACUCCAAAUUACUGAAAAAUCUUAACUUAGCAAAUAACAAUCUGAAUAUUAACUAUCUGGAAACCAGCCACGCUUUAAAGACCUUGGCCAAACUUAAAUAUUUAGAUCUGUCAGAGAAUAAACUGGAUGAAGAAAUGGCUGCAGUCCUUCUUCAAAAUCUGACAGCCCUAGAAUACUUAAAUCUUUCAGGGAAUCUUUUACGCCGCCUGGACGAGGCCUCAUUCAGGGAUCUCCACCAGCUCAAAGACCUCGACCUGCAGAGGAAUGUCCUGUUUGAGAUUGACAACGCUUUCGAUAGCACUCCCAGAUUACAACGACUCAAUUUAGCCUUCAACUAUUUACCUUGCCUAACCGACUUUCACAUGACCCAGCUGGUGGUCCUGAACGCCAGCCACAAUUUCAUCGAGUGGUUCAUCUCCAGGCAGGAUGUCAACGACACAUUCCAAAUAGAGACACUUGAUCUGUCUGAUAACAAACUGUUGUUCUUUCCAUUCCUACCCAGCGUGAACCGGUUACGUAAUCUGUACCUAUCGCACAACAUUGUGAGUUUUUAUGAGCACCUUGCAGACCAUGUCACAUUCCCCAACUUGACUGCCACUGUCAAAUUUUACAACUUGAGGAGGAACAUAGACAACAUCACGGCUCAGCUGUGGGACGACAAUCUUCAUGGUGACAUCUCCUCAGUGGAGAUUUUAGACCUACGAGGAAAUCAGUUGCUGUACUUCCCGCAAGGAUUCAUCCAGAAAAUGGCCUCCCUGUCGAAACUCCGAAUGUGCACCAAUUGUCUAGAAAGCUUGAAUCUAAUGUCAGAGCAUUUUUCAAGUAACUUGUAUGAAUUGGACGUUAGCAACAACAGACUGAAAGAGAUCCGAGCAAAUGACGUUACGUUGAGAACGCUUAGCAAUUUGACAUACCUUAACCUUAGCCUUAAUAAUCUCGACUGUUUAUCAUCAGGACUAUUUUUUGCCUUGCCAAACCUUAGGUCAGUGGACCUGAGUUACAACAACAUGGGACUGUGCCUUCCUGAGGAAGCUGAGGCCAGCGCAGGCAUAGCCUGGAACACCACAGUGUCCUUAAGGCAACUUUACCUGAAGGGAUGUCACCUUGCAAGAAUUCCACCCUUGGCCUUCUCCGGACUGUAUCUCACACAUUUAGAACUGUCUGAUAACCCCGGACUAAGAGGCCAACAAUCAAUAAAAAGUCUGAGCACAACGCUCCACCACUUAGGUUUGGGAAACACACACGUUGGGGACUUUGACUUCACAAAUUUUCAGAAUCUGAAGUCUCUGAAUAUUUCAUGCAACUCACUCACACAACUUCCAGCUUCGAUCUUGAAUCUUGAUUUAAAACAACUUGAUUUAAGAGACAACAAGCUGUCCACUAUUCCCUCACGUCAGGCCAAUACAUUAGCCUCUAAACUUCACAUUGUUUUCCUCACAGGAAAUCCGUUCAACUGCUGUCAGACAGACUGGUUUAGGACAUUUGAAGCAACAAAGACAAUCCAUAUGGUCGGACAGUUGGAAAUGGAAUGUACAGAUCUUUUCCAAACACACAGCAUCUGGCAUUCCCAGUCAUUUUUAUGUCAUGAGGAAAAUGGAGAAUCCAUUUUCUGGUACAUUCUUCUCUUUCUACCUGUUUGCAUUUCUUUUGCGGUGAUUUCAACAAUUUUAUUCCUGAAGCCCAAAGUGAUACACAAAUCAAUCAAAAAGAAAUAUUUAAAGCCAACGUCCUAUUGAAACUUAAAAGCCUCAGCAAACCAAAAUAAUAUGUUGUAAAAUGCUGUGAAUCUGAGAAAUAAACUCAACUUUGUUAAACUGUCAUAAUCAAAGCACUUGUAGGCAUACUGUAUUGUGAGUCCAACAUCCACAACAUCCUGCACAUUUUUACAGUGUAAAACCAAUUCUUGGAACAAAAUGUAUACUUUUUAUCAGAUGGGUUAUUUUUAAAUUACUUUUUUUAUUUCAGGAAGAUUAAGGAUGAGAUCAUGAAUCAUUUUUAUGAUAUUUUUUGCGUCACAUCAUCAGUGAAAUUACCUAAUCAGCCCAACUACUCACUUGGAGGCGUAUUUGCACAUUAUCCGGUCAUUGCUACGAUAUCCCGUUAUACGCUAACAAGUAUUGGCAAUAAUAUGUCAUCACUCACACAGAGUAUUUUAUUUCCCACCAAUACUUGCACCGUUAAGAGUGUGGUUCAAAGCCACAGCCUCCUGGUACCUCAAUGUAAAAUUGCGGCUAAGUCAUUUUUGUGUGUGAACAUGUGCAUGGUGGUGUUCUUCAUGUGUGAACAGAUGCAGAAGUGGUGUGGUGCAAGCUGUUGCUAUAAGCAGCGGAGGAAACAAGAAAUUUCCUGUUUUGCUCAAAUGUGUAGCAACUGGCCAGUUCUGCAACUCAAAGAGGAGGGUUUCCUUCCUAACGGAUGAAGAGCAAAUGCAACAUCAACACAAUAUUUUUAUGUAAGGAGCACAUUUUGCAUUCUUGUGCUUGCUCAUCUAUUCUGGAGAUGUGCAGAAAGGAGAGGAGAGGCAGCUAUGCAUAAAAGUACAUAAGACAUCUUGUAAGUGUGUAUCUAUUAUUAAUGAGUGAAGUCACUGAAAAGCAGGAAGACGGAUGAUAUGUGUAGUUACAGCCGCACAAGAGGCCUAACCAGAAGGUAACCAAAAUACCGCUGUGGUGAUGGCUCAAGGUCAUGGCGGUUGAAGAUGUAUGAAUAGAAACUGGGGAGGAACCUUGUCACAGAUAAAUCACUUUUUUUAAAAUAACAUGAACAAAUCAAUUUAAUUCCUUUUUUUGUAGGGUAAACGAUUCCGUGAAAAAAUUCUGGACGUCAUCUUAAUCUACCAUCUCUUCCUUUAUGUAGACAACUUCAAAUGAGUGAAAUAAACGUGUUUUGUGUUUCCAAGAGCAUAUAAGAUAAAACCACCACAAAAUUACAUAUACAGUGAGGUAAAUAAGUAUUUGAACACCCUGCUAUACUACAAGUUCUCCCACUUAGAAAUCAUGGAGGGAUCUAAAAUUUUCAUCGUAGGUGCAUGUCCACUGUGAGAUAAUCUAAAAAAAUGCAGAAAUCACAAUGUAUGAUUUUUUAAUUAGUUAUUUGUGUGAUACAGCUGCAAAUAAGUAUUUAGUCUAUCAGCUAGAAAUCUGACCCUCAAAGACCUGUUAGUCUGCCAUUAAAAGUCCACCUCAAUUCCAAUUGUAUUAUCCUGAAUCUGAUGCACCUGUGUGAGGUCGUUAGCUGCAUAAAGACACCUGUCCUCCCCAUACAAUCAGUAAGACUCAAACUUGCAACAUGGCCAAAACCAAAGAGCUGUCCAAAGACAACAGAGACGCAAUGGUACAACUCCACACGGCUGGAAAGGGAUACGGAGAAAUUGCCAAGCAGCUUGGUGAAAAAAGGUCCACUGUUGGAGCAAUCGUUAGAAAAUGGAAGAAGCUAAACAUGACUGUCAAUCUCAAUGGGAGUGGGGCCCCAUACAAGAUAUCACCUCGUGGGGUCUUAAUGAUCCUUACAAAGGUGAGGAAUUAGCCCAGGACUACACAACAGGACUUGGUCAAUAACCUGAAAAGAACUGGGAUCGCUGUUUCCAAGGUGACUGUUGGUAAUACACUAAGAUGUCACGGUUUGAAAUCAUGUAUGGCACGGAAGGUUCCCCUGCUUAAACCAGCACAUGUCAAGACCCGUCUUAAGUUUGCCAAUGACCAUUUGGAUGAUACAGAGCAGUCAUGGAAGAAAGUUUUGUGGUCGGAUGACACCAAAAUGGAACUUGGUCAUAAUUCCACUAACCGUGUUUGGAGGAAAACAAAUGAGUUCCAUCCCAAGAACACUAUCCCUACUGUGAAGCAUGGGGGUGGUAGCAUCAUAAUCAGAGCAUUGAAGAUGGGUCGUGGCUGGGGCUUUCAACAUGACACUGAGCCGAAGCACACAGCCAGGAAAACCAAGGAGUGGCUCCGUAAGAAGCAUAUCAAGGUUCUGGGAUGGCCUCGCCAGUCUCCCGACCUAAACCCAAUAGAAAAUAUUUGGAGGGAGCCGAAACUCCGUGUUUCUCAGCGACAGCCCAGAAACCUGCCCGAUCUAGAGAAGAUCUGUGUGGAGGAGUGGGCCAAAAUCCCUCGUGCAGUGUGUAUAAACCUGGCAAACAACUACAGGAAAGGUUUGACAUCUGUAAUUGCAAACAAACGCUCCUGUACCAAAUAUCAACAUGGUUUUUCUCAGAUGUUCAAAUACUUAUUUGCAUCUGUAUC